AUGGCCAAUCUCUUUACAGAUUCAUCCACGGAAAAGGUCCAUGUACCAUCUGAACCAAGUGUUGGCCCUGCUAUAGAGGAAAUCAACGAAAAGGCACUACUUCGCAAGAUUGACGCCAAGCUCUUGCCCGCAGUCGGAGUUUUAUACCUGCUCUCCUUUCUAGAUCGCAGCAAUGCAAUGCUCGACGGACCGAGACGUGCGCUUUCUAACGGCUCCCAGAUCCCCUGCAACAUCAUACUCAAACGGACAACGCCGCGGCUAUGGCUCCCAACGCUCACGAUAGCCUGGGGAAUUGUGGCUACGUUGCUGGGCAUUGUACACAAUCUGGCUGGUUUCUUUGUGGCGCGAUUUUUCCUCGGCGUCACGGAGAGCGGCUUGUUCCCCGGCGUGGUCUUUUACUUUUCCAUGUGGUAUCGGCGCCGGGAGAGACAGUACCGCAUCUCGCUCUUCUUUAGCGCUGCGUCUCUUGCCGGCGCGUUUGGCGGCAUUCUUGCCUUUGAGGGGCUUGCCACCAUCGUCAUCGCCUUUGCUGCCUACUGGUUCAUAGAAAACUAUCCCGAGACCUCCAAGUUCUUGUCAAAGUCCGAAAAAGAAUUUAUCCAAGGUCGCUUGGCUGCGGAUAGCGAUGCCACCCACCAUGAAAAGUUUAGCUGGAGUGCAGUCUAUGACGCGUUUCGUGAUGCAAAUUGUUGGCUCUAUGGGCUGGGGUUUCAUACCAUGAGCUUGCCGUUGUAUACGUUGUCUCUGUUUUUGCCUACCAUCAUCAAGGAUCUGGGAUACACAGCAGCGACAGCACAGUUACUAACCAUUCCGCCCUACGCACUCGCCUUUGUAACAACGCUUGCGGUUGCCAUAUACUCAGAGAGACUGGCCAGACGCGCAGUCUUCAUUGCGGCUUCGGCCAUCGUCGCUGCCAUAGGCUACAUCAUCCUUCUGUCGAAUACAGAUCCCAAGGCUCGGCCGGCCGUAUCGUACGUGGGAACCUUUUUCGCCGCUGCAGGCAUUUAUCCUGCUACCGCGCUGGUUCUCUCCUGGCCUGCCAUCAAUGUGUCCGGCCAGACGAAGCGAGCCACGGCAAACGCUAUGCAAAUUAGUAUCGGAAAUCUAGGUGCGGUUCUGGGCACGCAGCUGUACCGAUCCAACGAUGGGCCGAGAUUUGUUGUCGGUCAUGCCGUGGCAUUGGCGUAUCUCGUUGCAAAUGUUGCUGUAGUGAGCGUGCUGGCGUGGAAGUUGAGGAAACAGAAUUUGCAGAGGGCGGAAGUUGCUGACGAGGUUGUGGACGUUGGGAGAGCAGAGGACUGGAAGGGUGAUGGAGACGCCCGGUGGAGGUUCCAGUAUUAA